AUGAAGACCAAGCUAUAUGUUGAAAAGGCCGUCCACCAAUGGCGGACCAUGUUUUCCUGUGGCGAGGAUACGACACUGGACGCAGCAGCACCAAAAAAGAACAAUGAUGAUCAGCAUGAUCCCAUCAACAAGUCAAAGGGUCAGUCUUCCAAGUCCAAAGAUACUUCUCUGUUCCGUCAGAUGACCAGCAAGAUCAUGGUAUACGGCGACAUUGAGAGAAUCAAUACAGAUUCGACUACUACUGACUCGUCUCAGAGCGAAAAGCACGGCCCACACCAAGCACCGGUUAUCGAUACAAUUCGACCGGACACGAAGACUGUGCCAAUUGCGAUCGAGACCACCGAUAACAACUCUAUUGCAUCCGAGAAACGGACGAAGACUAACAGGAAGAAACAGAAGAAGAAUCGGCUCCUACGCCGCAACCCAGUGCGGGAACAGUUCUUUGAAACUGUGGUGUAUGAUCUUGGCUAUGAUGAACUCGAGGAUGAGUCAGAACAAGACAAGCCAAUCACUUCUACUACUAAGACCCAACAAGACAAGACUAAAGAAAACGAGAUCACUGAACCCCACAAGGACUAUGGACCUUCCUCUUCGACCAAGCACACACCAAGCCAAGAAGACACGUAUUCCGUUUCCGUUCUGACCAUGAGAGAGUUCGAUGCCGAUGGCAACUUUGCUCCCGAUGUCGUUCGUAAGGAGCACAACUACAAUUCUUCUCAAAAGAUGGCCCAAAUGAUGAAGGGUAUCGACAUCAAGAGCAGCAUUGCACGAAUGCGCAUGUACAAACAAGGGCAUGCUGCCGAACAGCAACAACGUUUACAAUAUGAUGAGAUGCGACGAGAACAAGAAGAGCUCUUACAAAAACGGUUGCAACAACGACGACGAGAAAACGAACGCAAGGAGCACGAGGAAAAGCUCCAAAAGCAACUGGAGCUCCAAAAGAAGCGAGACGAGGAAGCCAACAAGAAGAAGUCCGUCACUGGUGGUGUCGACAAGUGGGAAGAUGAGUAUUCGGUAGAUGACAAUGAGGAUUCUCUGAAUUACUCUGUUUCCGUCAUGACCAGCAACAAGACUUCUGGCAUUCUAAAGUCUAGUGGCCAUCUGGCACCACCUUCUCGUUUCGUUAUCGAUAUCACCACCACGACCAAGGAGGAAGCUGAAAACAGCAGGGGUCCACUUUUCGGCCUUUUCCAAAUUGGAGAAAGUCAAAUAGAAGAUGGGCUCAGUGACGAAGAGGAUGCACCCAGCGACGAAGACGACGAAGAAUACGAACCAAAGCUCAUUUCUCGUCCAAAAGCCAAGCCAUUCGCAUUUACCUUUGGCAAAGAAGAAGAGCUGGAAUCAUCGUCUUCAACCAAAUGGGAAAGCUUUGAAGGAGGUCACGUCUUUCACAUGGGGUUGGGAAAGAAGCAUUUCACAAAGCGGGGGCACUUCAAGACAAGUGGAUUUAAGUGGGAAGAGCGGCCGUGGGAGGUAGUCUUGUAA